AUGCCUACCCGCCUUUUAAUUUCACCAGCAUUCAUCAUUCUUCCUUCACUGUUGAUUCAGUCUUUUGGCCUAGAAUACAUUGUGGGAGACUCCUUUUGGUCCAUCCCCACAACCAAUGACUUCUAUACUAACUGGUCUUCUUCCCACUUUUUCCAGACAGGAGACACUCUUUGUUUUGACUUUGAUUCAGGGCUUCAUAAUGUGAUGGAAAUGUCAAGAAGAGAGUACGAGAGUUGCAGUGUAGACAAUCCCUUUAAGGUUUUCUGGGAUGGCCUGGCAAGUGUUGCAUUGAUGGAGGAAGGGUUUGCACUUGAGAUUCCAGAGGAUCUAUACCAUCUGAUCAAGAAGGCCAUCGCAAUCAGGAAGCAUUUGGAGAGGAACAGGAAGGACAAGGAUUCCAAGUUCAGAUUGAUUCUGGUGGAGCGCAGGAUUCACCGCCUCACUCGUUACUACAAAAAGACCAAGAAGCUCCCUCCCAACUGGAAAUAG